CCGCUACCGCGAUUCACACAGCUUAUCGAUAUAGAUGAGGUACCUCGUUCCACCCGAGAUGCCUUGUGCCGGAUAUAUACACAACUGGACCAUGAGACGUACGCCCGGCUUCGCGAUAUGUUCCUGACCUUAUUGACGAGAAUGGUUCAGUACCUCAGGCAUGUAAAGUAUGUGAUCUAA